AUGAUCCGGAAAGGGUUGCUGAUAUUAUUGUCGGAUCUCAUCAAGGCGUUCAUUGUGUAUAGAUCGGAUGUUGGUAAGGAGGGAAGGUACGUUCCUGGCAUGAUAUCGCUGUGCGCCACCGUGUUGGUCAAUGUCGGACCUCAUCCAGUCGGACAAGUUUUCUGUACUCUGGCAAAUUUAAUGCAUCAAUAUUACUUCCUCGAUGUGUACAUGGUGAAGCGAAGGAAUAUGAAAAUGCGAUUUGAUUUUCUUGAGGUUCUACUGCGGGAGAGGGCGCCUUUCCUCGAGAAGCAUUUUUCGAUAUUGCAGCUAACCCCAGAGGUGUACUUCCUCCCCUGGUUGACCAGUGUCUUCACCCGAUGUAUGCCGUUUCAUGCGGUCUGUCGUAUGUGGGAUGGGUUCUUGCUCCUUGGUGAGGCUCAUGUGUUCACUUGUGCAUUAGCACUACUACGGUAUCAUGAGCAUGCUCUGAUGACUUCCGGAUUCGGAGGCUGUUUGGAGAUUCUUACCUCGCCACCAGAUGAGCGCUUAUUCGAUGAGAAUAAGUUCUUUGAUUACUAUAUGAAACUACCGGAGACAGUGGUCCCCAACGAGCGUCUAGGAGCAUGGAUGGCGGCCCAACGGUUGGGUGAAGAGAAGACCUCCUUGUUUGAGCUAUUGUUUUCCUAA